AUGGUUUCAACUGGUAAUGACUUUGUCAAAAUGCACAGGCAGGCAGAGGAAGAGCAGGCAGGUUUAUCCAAGACAAUCAGUAAAUAUAGGAGUCAAGGCUGUGUGUUUGCUGUUGAAGUGACAGUGAAGGACAAUCAUUUGAAUGUGACUGAAGGAGGAAAUGCCACUUUGCAAUGUACAUACACGACCACGGUGGAGAGCUUGUCUGAACUUAACAUCCAGUGGACUUUCCUUGGAACCACUACCAAGAAGCCCAAACAGUCAGCUAUCCAACCAGCACAUUUCUACCAAAUCCAGCAGACCUCCUGUGCUACUGGUUACAAUGUGGAUGACAGCAGCGUGAUGCUUUGCCCCAAGACGGUACACAUGUUUGAUAGACGAGGAUUGUGUAACUGGCAGCACCAGAUAUAUUUUUCUGAAGGCAAACAGAUAUACAUAAACGAAGAGUUCAAAGGCAGAUUAGUGGCUACACAUGCCCCAGGAAAUGCAUCCAUUACCAUCGAGAAGCUGCGUCCGUCUGACACUGGGGAUUACUUGUGUCAAGUUGAUAAUCCACCGGACUUUACAGGCACUAACAUCAGAUCAAUAGUGCUCACAGUAUUAGUUGAAGCACUUUAUUUUGUUAUAGUUCCACCCUCAAAGCCAACGUGUGGUAUUGAUCCUCAUCCUGCGAAGACCGAUGCAGCAAUACUAAACUGUCAUUCUAACCAAGGUGUACCGACUCCAAAGUAUCACUGGAUGGAAAUUGUUAACAAUGUUCAUCAAAAUAUUUCUGGCCAUUCUGAUCCAAGAACUGGAAUAUUGACCAUUUCAAAUGUUUCACAACAUGAACAUGGUAUUUACCAAUGCACAGCAUUCAAUAGUUUGGGAAACAUGACAUGUACUGUCGAUCUGUCAGCACUCUUAGCUUCUGAGAAUGAUCAUGUUAUAGGAGCCAUAAUUGGGGCAAUUCUGGCAGCAAUUGUGAUUGGAGCAAUUGUCUGGGUAAUUGCAAAGAAGACAAAGAAGAGGGCUAAGAAAAAUAUGGAGAAAGAUACUGAAUUUCAGGUCAAACAAGAACCUAGGAAAACAUCUACUACAUAUGCAUCUGUCCCCACUGAUCAUGCCUCAGCAGCAGCAACAAAUGCGACUGAUGCUCAGUUGUCAGAGGCAUCUGAGAUACACAGCCAUCCAAAUGAAACUCCACUUUUGAGUGAAAAUGUUGUCCCCUCUGGCACUGAAAAAACACCAAAUGAAGAGAUUGAGGGAGUUGGUACACAUGCCGUUUAG